AUGACCGGACUCACGCAAGAGCAGAUAAAACAAUUCAACGAGCAGGGCAUGCUCUGCAUAUCCGAUUUUCUCUCCCAUGCAGAAGUUAAACAGAUGAUGGCCUCGGCCCACGACCUUUUGACUGAUCUUGAUAUGAACACCCACCCUAGAACUCAGUUCAAAACGGGUGACAACAACCAUAUAGGUGACAAGUACUUUUUUGAAUCUUCUGAUAAAGUGUCGUACUUUUUCGAUGUGGACGCAUUUGACGAGAACGGCCUGCUACAGUACCCGAAAGAGCAGGCGGUCAACAAAAUCGGCCAUGGGCUCCACAUGCAUCACGACUUGUUUCGAGAAAUCACAUUCAAGGAACGAGUCAAGGACAUAGCACGUGACCUCCAGUACACAGACCCCCGGGUGCUCCAGAGCAUGCUUAUAUUCAAAAAUGCCAUUGGAAAGGGCGUGGACGAAGCCCGCAAAAACGAUGUUCCGCCCCACACUGACGGCACCUUCUUAUAUACCAAUCCCCAGUCGGCUCUCGGCUUCUGGUUUGCUUUGGAAGAUUGCACUGCCGCAAACGGCUGCUUGUCCUACCAUCCAGGCUCCCACAAAAGCUUUCCUAUUCAAAAGCGAUUUGUGCGUGUGGAUGGGGCCUCGAAAGGUUGUAAAAUGCUCGAAUUGAAGACCCACGUGCCAUGUCCGCAGGACAGUCCUGAGAAAUAUAAGCUUUUUGAGUGCAAGGCGGGCUCCUUGAUCCUCAUCCACAACUCAGUUCUCCAUAAGUCGGAGCGGAAUGUGCUGGGCAAGUCGCGCUUUGCGUAUGCCUUUCAUUUGAUAGACGGGGUCUGUGAAUAUGACAGCUCGAACUGGCUCCAGGUGCCGCCUCUGGGUGGUGCCAAUUUCCUGCGGUUGUAUGAAGGGUGA